CGUGUCAUGACGUCAUUUAAUUGAUUAUUUAUGUUGCCAUGUAAUUGAAUAAUGAGUAAGAAUAUGUAGGACAUAUUGUUACGAACAGGUACAUGUUUGUAUUUAAAGAACACGUCAAUGAUUGGCCUCAACUAAAUUCCCAUACAAGUAAGUCUUGAUCAAUAAAUUCUUAGCUAUAAUGGACAACUUGAUUUCGACAAUGAUGUAUAAUUUAUGCAAUCGCAAUGUUUUGAUCUAUACUAGUUACAAUUGGAGUAACUUUAUUUAUAUCAACAGAGCACGAAUUUACCACAUGAAAAAAAAAAUAAAAUCCCUUUAAACUAAUGUGACCAAACAUUCCCGUAAAAACGGGAUUGUCCAGUUUUUUCACGAUCGUACCCGGUGUUCCGAAAACGUGUCUCGGGACGCCUAAAUGUCCCGUUUCUAUAGAGAAACACACUUUUCUGUUCUAGUGUUAAAAACUUUAUAUUAUAUAAGAAGGAGGUUUAACAAUGGCUGGGACUGAGACAACAGCCAACUAUUCUCAAUUUAAAUCCUAGACUAAUGAUAUUUAAUUUGUUGCGUUGUAUUAUGUUGUAAAAUAUGUAUAAAUGAAUAAAUAUCCUUGAAAAGUUAUUAUUUUCGUUUAUGAUAUCCAUCAGAGUUUAAAAUAAAUUACAAAGGGAAGGUAAAUUUAAAAGAUUUCUAGGUCUUAAAAUAGUUAAAAGGAGCAUAUUUUAUUAAACAGUUUCCGGCGGAUGCCCCCGGAUCCAUCUUUAUCUGGAGUGUUUCUCCCCCCCCCCAAACCCUCCUUGGGUGUGUCCCAUUUUUUCCAGGUCAUGAUUUGGUCACGAUACUUUAAGCAUGCCUCCCUUUCUAUAUUUAGAUUUGUGUAGCUAACAGCUAAAAAACAUCACAGCAAAAAACGUAGGUAAAUAUUUGUAGCAAAAAAUGGUCAAUGGUUUAUGUGACAUCUCAAAGGUGACAUAGAUUUUCAUUGGCUAGAAAACCAAGCAUGAAACAAGCCCUCUGGUGACACUUUGUUAAGUCUCAACUUUGUUAAGUCUUAACUUUGUUAAGUCUCAACUUUGUCUCAAAUUAGGUUGCGUCAAACCGCUGGCUGACGAAGAAUACGUCACUCUAUUUCAUCUUGUUGUCAGUGACCACGGAAAGAAUCAAGCUGUAGGAUGCAUUCAACGGCUCUGUGGGGGCUUCUGGCAAUCUCAUGUUUAGCAGGUGAGUCUCUAUAAUGUGUUCUUUUUGUGUGCAUUUGGUGCCUUGUACGGAAAAAAAACAGUGAAUGAGAUCGCAUCAACUUGCUCAAUGAGGCGGACAGCAUCUACUCGGAAGAUAUUGUAUAAAAUUUAAAAUUUAAAAAAAAAAAAGUUGUUACCAUUAGUGAAUCCACCAAGAGUCUUAUUAUCUAAAUAUUUUAGAUCGUUGUAAUCUUCUUUUUUUUUCUUCUUUCUUUUCAAAACGCUCUGUGAAGUUCAAUCCAAUAACACUUUUCCUAAGACUAUCGGUCUCUUCACUAACCUCCCCGAUCUUUAUUAUAUACUUUCGGAACUAUCGGCGUCACGUGUUCUUUGAUUCUCUUUGGUCCAUGGAUCCUUUACCUUUCAAUACCAGUGCUUUAAUUUCCACGAUAGACUAAUUUAUAAAUUAAAUUGUAUAUAUAUUGUUUAUGUUCUCAGAAAACCCUUUUGACAGACAGGAAAGACUCACUUCAAUUUAACAUUCACUUAUCAUAUUGAUUAAAGAGACUAAAUUGAGCCCAAUUCACCUUCAUUCAUACAUUUCCUCGUUUCUUGUUCCAUGGGAAAAGGGUUUCAAGACUCCAACCUUAACUCGAUUUUCAAAAAUAACCUUAUAGCACACGCAAUAUACACAAGGACCAGUCAUUUCACACCCAAUAUACACAAUGACCAGUCAUUUUACACCCAAUAUUCACAAUCACCAGUCAAUUUACGCACAAUUUUUAGCGACUUAAAUGUGUAAUAAAUGGUAAGAAAAAAAUAUCUGACAUUGAAACCAAGUUACGAAUUCCUGGAGAAGCUAUGAGAAUCGCUCAAUAAAAAAAAACUAAAAUAAUAGGAUCAUUUAUUGGUAUUAUUUGUGUUGUACAGUAAUGCAGUGGCGUAGCGAGGGUGUUUGGCGCCCGGGGACAAGAUUCGCGCCCGGGGACAAGAUCUAUUUUUAGCGCCCCUUUUUCUUUUUUUCAACUCUAAAACCCAUUAUUUUCAUCAAUAAAAUAAUAUCAAAGCACAUUUUGGCGCCCGGGGACAUCUGCCCCCCUGCCCCCAUCACGCUACGUCUCUGCAGUAAUGGCAUAACAGAUUUUAACUUUCUAUAUAAUAAAAAAUACUUGGACUAGCGCUGUUACAUAACAGUUUGCAUUUAAUGGAUUUAGUUUGAAGACAUAGCCAAGUACACCAUUGAACUAAACAUUGUAAUAUGACUGACCAUUUUAGUUUAAACCACAAAGUGCACGGAGAAGUGGAUUUGUUUCUCAAGGGUAAACUCGCUCUUUAUCUCCACAGUGACCACAGUUCUGUGCCAGGAUGCGGUUGAAAACUGCUUUGAGAGAAUCGCAGAGUGCAAGAAAGGGUCAUUUAAUGAGAUGGAUGAAAUGUAUGGUUAAAUGUUUUUUAUUUAUUUUUUUUUUAAAGAUUAAGAAUAGACUAGACACUACUUUGAGAAGAGUAGAUGAUAGUCAAUCAAGCUUAGAUUUCGUUUAAACACGAUUAUAUGAUAUAUAUAAGAAGAGGAGAUGGUGUUUGAACGUGAGGAGAUACUAUACUAAAGAGCUUUAAAACGAUGUACUCCAAAAGUAACUUUUUGAUUAGUUGUCUCGUGCAUAAUGAUGAAAAUGAAACAUUUUUCGGUGUCGCGGUGUCCUAGGAGUUUUGGAACCGUUGAGACUCAAUUUUAAAAUGCACGUCUGGCUUUGGUGCCUUCACUUCAUACAUUGCAUCAGAUGGUCAGAGUGUUACUUAAAGUUACCUGACUGUAGUGUAAGAAUUUCAAAAGAUUUUUGGUUAGAGCAUACCUAUUUAUAUUACAUAAUAAACUAGAAUACAUUUUUACGUUUGUCUGUUUCCAUGGGCACCCGACGUACACAAUCAUUUUUAAAAAAAAACCUUUUUAAUGUAUCCAUGACUAAAUUUAUUGUUAAUAUUUUCCAGAAAAAGGGUAGACGAGAUGACAAAGUGCUUAUCAAGUUUCAAGUGCAAACCAGGGGAAGACACUCUACGCGAUGAUCUGAUACAGGGAGCUUCAGCAAGAAUCGAAGGUGAAUAGAUUCAAAGUUUAAUCUUAUUCUAAUUAAUACAAGCCACGUUAUUUGAAUGCAACUAUAUAAACAGUGUUGGAUUAAUACAAACAUUUAGACCAGCAAUGCACAGCAUUUUAAUUAGAAACUAGGAAGCAGGUGGUGAGAAUAAGAUUCAAGUAGACCAUGACAAAUUGAGAAACUAGGAAGCAGGUGGUGAGAAUGAGAUUCAAGUAGACCAUGACAAAUUGAGAAACUAGGAAGCAGGUGGUGAGAAUAAGAUUCAAGUAGACCAUGACAAAUUGAGAAACUAGGAAGCAGGUGGUGAGAAUAAGAUUCAAGUAGACCAUGAAGAUUCAAGUAGACCAUGACAAAUUGAGAAACUAGGAAGCAGGUGGUGAGAAUAAGAUUCAAGUAGACCAUGACAAAUUGAGAAACUAGGAAGCAGGUGGUGAGAAUAAGAUUCAAGUAGACCAUGACAAAUUGAGAAACUAGGAAGCAGGUGGUGAGAAUAAGAUUCAAGUAGACCAUGACAAAUUGAGAAACUAGGAAGCAGGUGGUGAGAAUAAGAUUCAAGUAGACCAUGACAAAUUGAGAAACUAGGAAGCAGGUGGUGAGAAUAAGAUUCAAGUAGACCAUGACAAAUUGAGAAACUAGGAAGCAGGUGGUGAGAAUAAGAUUCAAGUAGACCAUGACAAAUUGAGAAACUAGGAAGCAGGUGGUGAGAAUAAGAUUCAAGUAGACCAUGACAAAUUGUACAUGGCUGCAACAAAUCGUUUGUAUUGUUUGCUUUUGGAAAACAAUUCAUUACCUUAAAAUGUACUAUUGGAAAACACUAAAUAACUUUGAGACUUACGCUCUAUUUUAGUUUGUCGGUUAAAUUCCAAGAAACCAAAAUCCUCACUAAAUUUGAGUCACAUUUGAAUUGCAGUGUUAAUCUUCUUUCAUUGUUCCCAAAUGCCUUUCAUUAUUCAUGACCAUAUGACUCUCAUUAUUUCUUUCAUCAAAUUAUCUGCAAAACCUUAACUCUCAUUUUUCACUUCAUCACACUAGUCCAUAAAGACAUUUCAUUUCAUCACUGUUUCUCAUAACGCCUCACUUCCCAUUGUUCAUUUCAUUACUCUUUCUCAUAAAGCCCCACAUCCCAUUGUUCAUUUCAUCCCCAUUUCUCAUAACGCCCCACAUCCCAUUGUUCAUUUCAUCCCAAUUUCUCAUAACGCCCCACAUCACAUUGUUCAUUUCAUCCCAAUUUCUCAUAACGCCCCACAUCCCAUUGUUCAUUUCAUCCAAAUUUCUCAUAACGCCCCACAUCCCAUUGUUCAUUUCAUUACUCUUUCUCAUACGCCCCACAACCCAUUAUUCAUUUCAUCCCAAUUUCUCAUAACGCCCUAUAUCCAAUUGUUCAUUUCAUCCCAAUUUCUUAUAACGCCCCACAUCCCAUUGUUCAUUUCAUUACUCUUUCUCAUAACGCCUCACAUCCCAUUGUUCAUUUCAUCCCAAUUUCUCAUAACGCCCCACAUCCCAUUGUUCAUUUCUGUACUCUUUCUCAUAACGCCCCACAUCCCAUUGUUCAUUUCAUCCCAAUUUCUCAUAACGCCACACAUCCCAUUGUUUAUUUCAUCACUCUUUUUCAUAACGCCCCAUAUCCCAUUGUUCAUUUCAUCCCAAUUUCUCAUAACGCCUCACACUCCAUUGUUCAUUUUACCCCAAUUUCUCAUAACGCCCCACAUCCCAUUGUUCAUUUCAUCCAAAUUUCUCAUAACGCCCCACAUCCCAUUGUUUAUUUCAUCCCAAUUUCUCAUAACGCCUCACAUCCCAUUGUUCAUUUCAUCCCAAUUUCUCAUAACGCCUCACAUCCCAUUGUUCAUUUCAUCCCAAUUUCUCAUAACGCCUCACAUCCCAUUGUUCAUUUCAACUCAAUUUCUCAUAACGCCCUACAUCCCAUUGUUCAUUUCACCCCAAUUUCUCAUAACGCCCCAUAUCCCAUUGUUCAUUUCAUCCCAAUUUCUCAUAACGCCCCACAUCCCAUUGUUUAUUCCAUCCCAAUUUCUCAUAACGCCCCACAUCCCAUUGUUCAUUUCAUCCAAAUUUCUCAUAACGCCUCACAUACCAUUGUUCAUUUCACCCCAAUUUCUCAUAAUGCCUCACAUCCCAUUGUUCAUUUCAUCCCAACUUCUUAUAACGCCUCACAUCCCAUUGUUCAUUUCUUCCCAAUUUCUUAUAACGCCCCACAUCCCAUUGUUCAUUUUAUCCCAAUUUCUCAUAACGCCUCACAUCCCAUUGAUCAUUUCACCCCAAUUUCUCAUAACGCCCUUGAUCCCAUUGUUCAUUUCACCCCAAUUUCACAUAACGCCCCACAUCAAAUUGUUCAUUUCAUCCCAAUUUCUCAUAACGCUUCACAUCCCAUUGUUCAUUUCAUCCCAAUUUCUCAUAACGCCCAACAUCCCAUUGUUCAUUUUACCCCAAUUUCUCAUAUUGCCUCACAUCCCAUUGUUCAUUUCACCCCAAUUUCUCAUAACACACUACAUCCCAUUAUUCAUUUCAUCCCAAUUUCUCAUAACGCCCCACAUCCCAUUGUUCAUUUCAUCCAAAUUUCUCAUAACGCCUCACAUCCCAUUUUCAUUUUUCAUCCCAAUUUCUCAUAACGCCCCACAUCCCAUUGUUCAUUUCAUCCCAAUUUCUCAUAAUGCCCCACAUCCCAUUGUUAAUUUCAUCCCAAUUUCUCAUAACGCCCCACAUCCCAUUGUUCAUUUCAUCCCAAUUUCUCAUAACGCCUCACAUCCCAUUGUUCAUUUCAUCCCAAUUUCUCAUAACGCCUCACAUCCCAUUGUUCAUUUUAUCCCAAUUUCUCAUAACGCCUCACAUCCCAUUGUUCAUUUCAUCCCAAUUUCUCAUAACGCUUCACAUCCCAUUGUUCAUUUCAUCCCAAUUUCUCAUAACGCCUCACAUCCCAUUGUUCAUUUCAUCCCAAUUUCUCAUAACGCCCCACAUCCCAUUGUUCAUUUCAUCCCAAUUUCUCAUAACGCCCCACAUCCCGUUGUUCAUGUUAUCCCAAUUUCUCAUAACGCCUCACAUCCCAUUGUUCAUUUCAUCCCAAUUUCUCAUAACGCCUCACAUCCCAUUGUUCAUUUCAUCCCAAUUUCUCAUAACGCCCCACAUCCCAUUGUUCAUUUCAUCCCAAUUUCUCAUAACGCCCCACAUCCCGUUGUUCAUGUUAUCCCAAUUUCUCAUAACGCCUCACAUCCCAUUGUUCAUUUCAUCCCAAUUUCUCAUAACGCCUCACAUCCCAUUGUUCAUUUCAUCCCAAUUUCUCAUAACGCCCCACAUCCCAUUGUUCAUUUCAUCCCAAUUUCUCAUAACGCCCCACAUCCCGUUGUUCAUGUUAAUCCAAUUUCUCAUAACGCCUCACAUCCCAUUGUUCAUUUCAUCCCAAUUUCUCAUAACGCCCCACAUCCCAUUGUUCAUUUCAUCAAUCUUUCUCAUUGAUUUCAAGCACUUUCUUCUACUGCCAAAUCCCCAUUUCACCAUCACGAUGCCAAAUCUUCCUUUCUUCAUCACGAUGCCAAAUAACCCUUUCUCUAUCACGAUUCCAAAUGACCUUUGUUAAAAAUUUCAUCACAUUGGAUUUUCCCGCAACGCUUUCUAUUUUUUUAACAAACAGUCUGCUUACGCCACACUUCCCUAUGUUUAUUUGUGACCCUGUCCCCGAUCGCCAAACUUGUUCAUUUCAUCUCCCAAAACAAUGCCUUCCAUUGUUCGUUUCCUGACGCUGUCUCCUAGCGCCGUACCUGUUAUUUUUCAUAACGUUGUGCCCUAACGCCUUAUUGGCAUUGUUCAUGUCAUCAUCAUCAUUUUCCCCUUUUGAAAUACAUUACAUUUUCCCAACAAACAGUCUCGUCAUAACAACCCCUGCCCCCCCUCCCCCCCUCCCCCCCCCAAAAAAAAAGCUCUUUACCUCACAUUGUUUAUUUCAUUUUUUGUCUCCUAAUACAAUACCUUCAACUGAUCGUUUCUUGACACCAUGUCUUAGCGCCACACCCAAUACCGUGCAUGAACCUGACUCCUUGCGCCAGACUUCCUGUUGCUAUGUUCACCACGCCAGCUUAUAACGCCAUAUCUUGCCAUCGUGUGUUUCUAAUACUAUUAUAUCUCCCUUUGUUCAGCUAGCUGUCUACCCUAACUUCGCUAAUACACUUUGUGCUCAUUUCAUGAUGCCGCCUCUUUAGGUCGUAUCUUGAAUCAGCGUCUCCAAACUCCAAUGAUAAAUGUGUUCCUCACGCAGUAUCCUAACGCCAUACUUCACAUUGUUCAUUUCAUUACUCUCUCUGCUAGCCCGAAACAUCACAACUUGCUUUAUUUUCCAUUGUUUACCACCGCGCUGUCUCUUUAAGCCAAAUGUCCCAUCGUAAAUUGUUCCUAAAAAAACAAAUACCUCCCAUUGCUCAUUUUAGUACAUUGUCUUCCAGCGUUGAACCUCUCAGUGUGUCUUACACAGCCUUUUAACGUCACAUCUCCCAUUGUUUAUUGCGAUGUGUCCUAACUGCAUCAAUCCCGUUGUUGAUUUCACGACCUUGUCUUUUAUCAUCAUUCCUCCUAAUGCACACCACGCUGUAACUUUACGCAAAAUUUUCCCCAUGAUCAUUUCAUCAAGUUGCCCUCUAACGCUGAACCCCUCAUUGUUCACCACGCGAUGUCAUAACGACCGCCUUCACACUGUCCAUUUAUUCCCCAUGUCUCCAAAAGGCCAUUCAUCACCUCACAUUGUUCAUCACAUUUUUUUGCUCACGCCAUUCCAUAUAUUCAUGUCACGACGCAAUCUGCUCAAUCCAUACCUUACAUUGGUCAUCAUAUUAGCUCACAAAACCCUAUCUCCCAUUGUUCAACAUGCUUUAAACACACGCAGUGCCACCCUUGUAUCUCUAGCGUCAUAUAUAUAUAUACGUUUUUCUUCUGACACCACACCUGACAUUCGUCGUCAUGCUAUCGCCUAAGGCCUUAGCUUCAAUUGUUCUUCACGCUCUCUUCUAAUGCGACACCUCACAGUUUGCAUCACGCUGUUGCUUACUGCAAAAGCCGCCAUUGUUCAUUUCUUUACGGUGUCUCUAAUGCAAAUACUAUCUUUAUUCAUUUCAUCACGUAAUCUCUUACUGCAAAAAUCAUCAUUGUUCAUUUCAUCGCGAUGUCACUAAAAUUCAAACAAACAAUUUGUCACUUCACCGUCUACUACCGCCGCUCGCUCCAAUUGUUAAAUCACACUGUCUCAUAUCACCAUACGUCGCAUUCUUUAUCACACUGGCACAUAUCACUAUGUGCCAAAUUCUUUAUAACACUGUCUCAUAUCACAAUACCUAACAUUAUUUUUACACUGCCUCUUAUCACCAUACCUCACAUUCUUUAUGACACUGUCUCAUAUCAUCAUACCUAAUAUUCUUUAUUAGACUGUCUCAUAUUAUCAUACCUGGCAUUCCUUAUUACACUGUCUCAUUUUACAAUACCUUACAUGCUUUAUCUUGCUGUCUCAAAUCAUCAUACCUCACAUUGUUUGUUACACAGUAUCAUUUUACCAUACCUCACAUUCCUAAUGAUAUUGUCUCAUAUUACCAAACCGCAUAUUCUUUAUUAUACUGUCUUAUAUCACUGUAUGUCACAUUCUUUAUAUUACUGUCUUCAGUCACAUUACCUCACAUUGUUUUUAUCACAAUAACUCACUUUUUUAAUAUACUGUCUCAUAUCACCAUACCUUACAUCCCUUAUUACAGUGUCUGAUAUCAACAUUGCUCACUUUGUUUACUGCUCUGUUUCUCAUGCACCAUGAGUCGCAUUCUUAAUAAUACUGUCUUUUAUAAUCAUACCUCACAGUCUUUACAUUACUGUCUUCUACCUCACAUUCUUUAAAUUGAUGUCUCAUAUCACCCUACCUUACGUGCUUUAUAUUACUGUUCCAUAUUACAUUGUCACACAUACGUCACAUUGUUUAUUACUCUUUUUCAAAGCAACAUACCUCAUAUUCUUUUUUACAGUGUCUCAUAUCACCAUACCUAACAUUGUUUAUUACACUGUCUUAUAUCACCAUUCUGUCUUCAUUCGUAAGAUUAUAUAAUAUUAAUAAAAUAAAGUUAUUCUCAUUCUUUAGCCGUUAGGGAAUUUGGCCAUUUCGGAGGUAGAUUUCGUGAUGUAAGUAUGUUCUCCAAACUAAUUUUUCAAACUAAACCAAAAACAUUUCUGAGUGUUUAAGAUGAAAGAUCUAAGAACUCUCAGAAUGGUGCCAUAAAUAUGUAUGAUUUUUUAGCCAUUAUUAAGAAAUUUGUGCUAUUUUAAUUAUGUUUCUCUGCUUACCUUUUAUGAAAUGACAAAGACCCAUAUUCACGAGUUAUUAUCUUAAAAUGUAGAGUCACCUGCACUUAUUUUCUUUAAAAUAUUUGCGCAAUACUUUACAGAAAACAAACACACUUUUUUUUUCAAAAUAUGGGAAAUCAAAUGACAUGUAUUGUAAUUUAUUGUCGUAAAAUGCCAACUUGUAAAAUUUUCAAAUUUUUACAAAAAAGGCAAAAAUUCACAAAAACGACCUAUUUUUUACAUUUUUAUCAAUUUAAAAGAGAAUCAAAGAUCUAUAAAAGUAAGCAAACAAGAAGUAAUUUAGACCAUUACAUGUGUGAAAAAUAGCAAAAUAGCCAAGGGGUGGUAAUUUAUAUCAAACAUUUUACAAAUUUGUGUAAAUGUAUCAAAAUAUACCAAAAAAAUUAAUAAAUGACAUCCUAUAUGUUUGAAAUUGCUUACGAAGUGAAGAAAAUAGUAGUCUUCAUAUCAAAUUAGCAUACCUGACACAAUCAAACGACACUGAAUAAUAUAAACAUUUGAAAAAAUUAGAGCACUAAAAUGUUUUUUAUUUAAAAAUGUUUCUUCGAAUUUGACUUGAACACCAAAGGGCACAACACAUACAAAAGAGAGAAUAUUAAUAAACUCCAAAGGGCUCAACACAUAAAAGAGAGAUAAUAUUAAUAAACUCCUAAGGGCACAACACAUAAAAGAAUAUAUUAAUAAACUACAAAGGGCACAACACAUAAAAGAGAGAGAGAGAGAGAGAGAGAGAGAGAAUAUUAAUAAACUACAAAAAGGGUAAAACACAUAAAACAAGAUAAUACAAUUCUUUGAUUUAAUAUUAGGAUAUACUUUGCGAAAAACAAAAUCUUCAAAAGCAAAGUAAAAAAAAAAUCUGCUUAUUUGUAAGUACAGACUGGGCGAGUAUUACUAAAUCUCACUUACAAAAUAAAUGAAUUUACAAUUACUUUUAUUCUGAAAAUGCAUUUUAAGUAAAUUAGAUAAAUGGAUAAUAUCACCACUUAAUUUUAAGAUAUUAUAUUUAGUAAUGAGCCUCUGCAGAAGAGACAAAUAAUAUAAAAGCAACUAUUCAAAAAAUAAUUCAAUGGUCUCCUUGUCUGUAGAAAUAAAAAAAAAUUGUUAAAACCAAUAACAAAGUCAAGAUGAAUUCGUUUCAAAUCCGAUUGAUCUCAUCAUUUAUCCAAAAAAUUAUUAAUUUAAAAAAAAAACUUUUCUAUUGUAUUGAAUAAAAAAAUUUAAAUACUAGGUUAAAGUUUUAUUCACUGCUUUAUGAAUUAGGCAACAUUUUUGAGACCAUUCUAUAAAUAGUGUAAAUUCCCCACGACAAUGAGACAAGGAGAGGGUGGGGGGGUAACCCUCACACUAUAACUAGAUGCGGUGAUGUUUUUUCUAAUCUCAAACAAAGUUUAUUUUACUAAAAGCAAUAGAAAAACAAACAUACGAUUUAAGUGCUUCAAUCGAUCUUUUAAAUGGUUUAAAUUUAAUUUUUAUUAGUAUACAUUUUACGGUUGUAACAAAAUAUUCUAAUGAAAGUUUUUUUAAAAUGUGUUGUUUUUUUUUAAAUCACUUCUUUUCAGAAAUAUGGAAAUACCAAAAAUAUGAAUAUGGCGCCGACCAAUAAGGUUACCCUUAAGUUCAUAGCUAGCUGCCUGUUUGCAGUACUUGGUGUGACCCAAUUCUGAAAGAACCGUCAGCCAGCAUGCACCAAUUGUGUUUUGUGUUGAAUUGUCCAAAGCCAAUAUUUUCCUGCUUAAAUCUUGCAUUUUCUUAUGGCAUACUUUUAACUAUUAAAAAAAAAAAUAAUCUCUGAAUGCUUUGAAAGUGAUGACGUAAAAUAUCAAUGGUAUUUAUUUUUAUUUGGGAUUUAUAAAAGCCUAAUUGUAAUUCCUUUUCAUAAUUUUUUUUUUUUUAAGAACAUGGAAGUAUUUAGCCAGUGUUAAUGAUAUAAAAUGAGUAUCAUGUAAACCAAGUACAUUUUUCUACAUCUUGAGGUAUACAAUUUUAUUAACAUCUUUAUAAUUUUUAAUUAUUAAAAAAAAAAAUAAUCUCUUAAUGCUUUGAAAUUGAUGACGUAAAAUAUCAAUGGUAUUUAUUUUUAUUUGGGAUUUAUAAAAGCCUAAUUGUAAUUCCUUUUCAUAAUUUUUUUUUUUUUUUUAAGAACAUGGAAGUAUUUAGCCAGUGUUAAUGAUAUAAAAUGAGUAUCAUGUAAACCAAGUACAUUUUUCUACAUCUUGAGGUAUACAAUUUUAUUAACAUCUUUAUAAAUCAUAAUUAUAUCAAAAGUAAUAAAAAAGUAUGUGAUUGCAAAUAUAA